AUGCAAUUCUCAAUCGCAAAGAACGCUAAAGAUGUUACCAAAAAAGAUAGGUUAUGUGUAUACCCAAGCAGUCCAUCAUCUGCUCUUGGCAUAGUUGCUGCAUUAUUUCUACUAGCCGAGCAAAUUGUUAUUAGUGCUGCUACUUAUUGCUUUUGCUGCUGUGGACUACGUUGUUCUGCUCGUUGCACUGUUAUAAGCUCAUUACUCUUCUUCAUCGGCUCCUGGUUCACUUUUCUGAUAACGUUCAUUGGAUUGAUAUAUACAGCAAUCCUUAACAACAACAACUUCCUAGCAAAAGCCUAUACCAGAGAAAACAUUGACAGUUGCGAGGUGGGCAACGAGAAUUUGUUCCUUGGGGCUGCAUAUUGGUGCAUAAUUAGCACUGUUGUAGGUCUGGUAUCAUAUGCUUUCUGGGCGUGUGGUGCUGCUAAAACAAACAGUAAUAACCAAGGCCGCUGUUGA